UCUGAGGAGAAAGAGAAGGGCCGACGGGGUUGUGCGCUCCGAGGCCCGUCUCGGCUCGACCAGAUUCUUUCCCCCGCCCCACUCUCCUCACGCGCGGCGGCGGCGGCGGAGCAGCACGGGAGCCAUGGUUAGUUCUCUGAUAGCCGCUGGUCUGGCAAUUGCUGCUGCUGGAUACGCAGUGGUAGCCAGCUGCUCCAGAAGAACCUGCAGAUCAGUCUCUAAGUAGCUGAAUUGGAAUUCUUCCCUUUCCUCGAGGUCGUUAUGCACUGCAAGCAAUGAAGCAAAUGGAACCACAAAUAAAGCAAGCUCUUCAGUCUCUGCCAAAAGCUACCUUCAAUGGUUAUUACAAGGGAGGAUUCGAAGCCAAAAUGAGCAAACGAGAAGCUGCUUUAAUAUUAGGAGUGAGCCCUACAGCUAAUAAAGGAAAAAUCAGAGAAGCUCACAGACGAAUCAUGCUUCUGAAUCAUCCUGAUAAAGGUGGGUCUCCAUAUGUCGCAGCCAAAAUCAAUGAAGCUAAAGACUUACUGGAAGGUCAAGCUAAGAAGUGAAAAUACAUCACCUGAUCAAUGACUUAAGAAUAUAUUUUUUAUAAAUAACCCAAUGAUGUCAACAAAAGAUGAAGCUAUGAUUUGUAUCAUGAGGAAUUUCUUGUUCCAGUGUAGGUCAUAUGCCUUUUUGAUUAUUUUCAGAAUUGAAUCUUAACUGCAACUUUCAGUAAACGAGCUGGGGAGCAGUGGGUGGAUUCUUGUCUAGAUAUGUGAAAGCUUUCUAAAGUAUUGGCCAGUUUGAUUAAUCAGAUGCUGGUGUCUGAGGUUCAUGCUGCCAUGAUUUAGGUUGUCAGUGGUAAUAAGAUAAUACCAACAUCCAUGACAAGGUUGAAAAAACUACUUUUGAGUUUUAUUAUGUGGAGUUUUCCUCAUCAGGUAAAAUGCAGUUGUAUGAAGUAACUUAUUUGGACCUUCUAUCUAGUAUAUACCUAAUUUGACACCCUAAGCAUUUUUAUAAUUGUCAUGGUUUCUGAGCAAUAAAAUUGUUUUAAGUAA